CACAAUGAUCAACCUAAUAUAUACAUGUGACACUGUAGAACAGUAUCGAUUUUAUGAUUACCCAGACUCCAGCCAUGACUCAUCUUUCAUUUGCGCAGAUAAACGUUACAUAUACUCUGAUGACUGAUUUGGCCCGGAGGUGAAACUGAUUAAGGAAAUAUCCCAACAUAAAUGACGCGAGAGAAGGAUAGAUAGAGCAUCGGCGAAGUGCCGGACUUUGUUAACGCUUAAACGGCUAUCUUCAUCUGCUUCCCCUUCCUCUACGCAAUUUCUCUGUGUUUUUGCUUCCUUUCGCCCAUGAAAUGCUUCCCCUUUCUUCCUCUUUCCCCUUAAAACCUCUCACUUCUCCCAUCUUCUCAAUUCCCACCACCCCAUUUCUCCCAACUAAUAAGCCCACCAGCAAGACCUUCGUCCGCUGCUCCUUGCCGUCUCCCCAGUCCCGGACCCUCCCUCAAACCGCCAUCCAGCGCAUCGCCGACAAGCUCCGGUCGCUCGGCUUCUCCGAGGACGACUCAUCCUCCUCCGGCUUGGACCGGCAAACAAAGAAUUCGAGUUCCAACCCGGGCGAAAUCUUCAUCCCUCUGCCCAAUGGCUUGCCCAAGCACCGAGUGGGUCACACUCUGGACCCUAGCUGGAGCACCCCGGAGAACCCGGUUCCCACCCCCGGCUCGGGCAAUUCGAUUAUCCGCUACCAUGAGCUCAGGCGAGUGGCCAGGAAGGAGAAAUGGGAGAAGAUGAAGGAGGAAAGAGGGAAGGGAAAGAUACCCACUCUGGCCGAGCUCAACUUGCCGCCGUCCGAGCGGCGGCGGCUGACGACAAUUGGGAUUGCCGAGAAGAGGAAAUUGAAAGUCGGGAAAGCUGGGAUUACUGAAGGGAUCGUUAAUGGGAUUCACGAGCGGUGGAGGCAGGCUGAAGUGGUGAAGAUUGUUUGUGAGGAUUUGUGUAAAUUGAACAUGAAGAGGACUCAUGACUUGCUGGAGAGGAAAACUGGCGGCUUGGUGGUUUGGAGAUCGGGAAGUAAAAUAGUUUUGUAUAGAGGUGCCAAUUAUAAGUAUCCGUACUUCUUAGAAGAUAAUGAAUCAAACGAUGAUGGAGAGACCAAGAACUUGUCACCUGUAAUGGAUGGAAGCUCUGGCGGCAAAACUGCACCAAAUAAUACGGUUCAGCGGAAGAUUGUACAAGGUGUUGGUGUACCUGAGAGGGUAAGGUUUCAGUUACCAGGGGAGGCACAGCUAGAAGAAGAAGCUGACAGGUUAUUAGAGGGAUUAGGCCCGCGGUUUACAGACUGGUGGGGGUAUGAUCCACUUCCUGUAGACGCUGAUCUUCUGCCUGCUGUUGUUCCUGGUUACCGUCGACCAUUCCGUCUGCUUCCUUAUGGCAUCCAGGCUAAGCUAACGAAUGAUGAAAUGACCACCUUGAAAAGGCUUGGACGACCAUUGCCUUGCCAUUUCGCAUUAGGUAGGAACAGAAAACAUCAAGGAUUGGCUGCUGCAAUAGUCAAGCUAUGGGAGAAAUGUGAGAUCGCUAAAAUUGCAGUUAAGAGGGGAGUGCAGAACACUAAUAGUGAGCUGAUGGCUGAAGAGCUAAAGUGGUUGACUGGAGGAGUUCUUCUUUCAAGGGAUAGGGAGUUUAUUGUGUUGUAUAGAGGGAAGGAUUUCCUUCCAGCUGCUGUUUCUUCUGCAAUAUCAGAGCGAAGAAGAAGGCCUGGAAUCCAUGGUGAUGGGCCAAAGAUAGUACAGAGUACCCUAGGACUUGGUGAAACUCCAAAAGAACUUGAAAAUGAGACUGAUGAUAGUGGUGCUUCCAGUGAUCAGAGAAAUUAUGUACCUCAACAUCAGAAGAAAAAAUCGACCAAGGCAGCCAUGAAAAAGACUAGCGUGAAAUUAGCUGUGACAUUAGAAAAGAAAGCAAAGGCAGAGGAACUUCUAGCAGAGCUUGAGGGAGGAGAGGAACCCAAACAACCUGAGGCGGACAUAGAGGGUAUCAGUGAAGAAGAGAGAUACAUGCUUAGGAAGGUUGGUUUGAGAAUGAAGCCUUUCCUGCUGUUGGGUAGAAGGGGGGUAUUUGAUGGAACGGUUGAGAACAUGCAUCUGCACUGGAAAUAUAGGGAACUUGUCAAGCUAAUAUGCAAAGAGAGAGACUUUGAGACUGCUCAACAAGUAGCGAAGACUUUGGAAGCUGAGAGUGGGGGAAUACUAGUGGCCUUGGAAAGAGUUAGCAAGGGGCAUGCGAUCAUUGUAUAUCGUGGGAAGAACUAUAAACGACCUGCUUCAUUGAGGCCUCAGACACUCCUAAGUAAAAGGGAAGCAAUGAAGCGCUCCCUUGAAGCUCAGCGUCGUGAGUCUCUGAAACUUCAUGUUCUGAAGCUGACCAGAAAUAUUGAAGACUUGAAAGAUAACAUGUUCAAAAACAUGGAAGAAGCACAUAGUCUCGAUUCACUUGACAGUUCAAGAUGUGAGGCUAAAGAAGAGCUGAACGUGGAGUCUGCUUAUCCUGAUCAGCAGUCUGAACUAGUUAUUCUAGAUCAUUCCGAAGAGAACAAGGUUAAAGAGGACCCGAACAUGGAGUCUGAUAAUCCUAAUCAGCAGUCUGAAGUAGUUACUCUAGAUCAUUCUGAAGAGAACGAUGAGACGAUGGAGCAGCGUGGAAGUGAUUCAAACUUCUUGAGCUUAAUGGAUGGCCUGGAUGUGCCCUCUGAUGGAAUCUCAACUCAGCAGGCCAUUCAGAACGAAGUUAGUCCAACAGUUAGUGAAGUCGAGACUGCAACAUGCGAUCCCGAGUCAUCAUUUCAAUCAUCUGAUGAGCAUGUACAAGGGAGACAACUGAGUGCUACGACCGAUAGAGCUGUAAACUCAACCCCGUCUCACGUUUCGUUUAUGUCAGAAAGAAGGCAUUUUACUCCUAGUGUCAAGCUUGACAAUACUCUUUCCGGUGCUGACUGCUCAGUUGGUCAAACAGUAAACUUAAAAGAAAGCGAGAUACAAACAGCAGCUUCAAGUGUAGUAAAAGGAAAGAAUGAGAUGCUGCCUUCUUCUAGGGUUCAGCUUUCUAACAGGGACAGGCUUAUCCUACGAAAGCAGGCUCUCAAAAUGAAGAACCGCCCGGUACUUUCCGUAGGGAAAAGCAACAUCAUAAGUGGAGUAGUCAAAACUAUCAAGGCUCACUUUCAGAGGUAUCCACUUGCUAUAGUGAAUGUAAAAGGCAGAGCAAAAGGAACUUCAGUCCAAGAGGUGGUUUUCCAGUUAGAGCAAGAAACAGGAGCUGUGUUAGUAUCCCAGGAACCUAGCAAAGUGAUACUGUAUAGGGGAUGGGGUGCAGAAGAUGAAGCAGGCCCUGUAGACAAGAAGAAGCAUAAGAAGAAGAGCCAACCGAGUCAACGAAUUGGAGAAGUGAGUGAUGACGAUGGAGUGAGUAAGGAGGCACGACCUGCGAUUUCCCUGGAGCUUAUGAAGGCGAUCCGCCUGGAAUGCGGGCUGCUGGAUAGCAAGCAGAAACACAACUCAUACAUUUGAAAAACCCAGUCAAGUAGUUGGCUCGUGCGGGUAAGGGAACAGAAGUUACAAGCACAGCAGCUAGCAUAACCUGCUGGAGAGAACAAUGACAGUAGAAAAGUGAACUGAUGAACCAGGUUAUCAUUCUCAUAUGAUCAGACUAUCUGAGAAGAAUUGCAGCUGGCUGGCAACAUGGGAAUAUGGAUCCUCUGGAGAAACUACUUGGUAGGAAGACCAUUGCCGAGGAAUCUAAGUUGUGCCCUUGAGAGCAGAAUUACUGCAAGUCUAUGCAGUUGCUUUCAUCUAUUUUUUUUUUUUUUUUCAGUUCUUUCUUUCAUAUAUUCGAACACUAAAAAAAUGUAAAAAAAGUAAAACCGUUUAAAACUAUGUGCAUGAUCUAAUUUUACUCAGCAAAAAAGUGGCAGUUGGUGGAGGGUGGAAGACGAACAGAAUGUGGGAGAAGGUGGGGGAGGGUGAUCAGUCACGGGGAAAACCCCACCAAAAUGAAUGGCAGACAGAGACUAAACUGCAAUGCGUGCUUCUUCUCUGCACUCUUAUCUUAUGGCUGGUUCUGUGUUUUGGACCAUUUUCCACUGAAAGCCGGGGGGGGAAGUCUUUUUUUGUGUCAUCUAUCUUUGCAGCUUGUAGGACAGUCUUUCUCCUCAUUUCGUGUAGACUGUACAUCUCUACUCUCUAGGACCCUCUCCCUCCGGCUAUCAAUCAUAAACAAGUGGUGGGGGAAAAAGAAUGUUAGAAUAGAAUUAUGCAUUCUGUUUUUGGAAUUUCUUUUACACGUUACUACAUUCAACUUCAAAUUUGAGACCUCUAGGUGGAAAAGUAGUGAUUACACUAGGGAUGGCAAUGGGUCGGAUUUUGUUAAACUCAAAUUCAAAUUCAUGGGUUUAUCCAUGAAAAAAACCCGGGAUAAAACUCACUGGGGUUGAAAAACUCAAACCCAACUCGCUAGGUAUCCGCGGGUUCAUGGAUACUACCCAUAGGUUUUUGUCGUAAAAAAUUUACAAUAACAAGUUCCUAUCAAAAUAAAAGUCAAAUAUCAAUCUCUCAAUAUAAAUUAUUUAUAUAUAAAACACCACUAUAGAAAAUUCAUGCAAAUCACAAAUUAACCAUAGAAAUUGUUCAACACCAAUCUAGAAAACUCAAGAAAAUUGAAGCAAAUCACAAAUUAUCCAUAAACAAUAUGAUUAAUUGAAAGCAUCUUCCUCCUUGUCAAUUGAGCUUCUUCACUCUCCACUCGAUAAUAUCAACUUCAUUCUACACAAUUAGAAAGAAAAAAUUAGACAUGUCUCCACAAACAUAAAGAAGAUUAGUUGUUUAGAAUAUUAAAUAUGCCGGGAAAAUUAAUUAUAUGGGUGUGGGCGGGUUUGCCUAAACCCAAACCCAACUCAACCCGGUGAAUAGUGAACGGGUUUAAACCUGAACUCGGCCCAAAACUCGUCAACACGGAUUUUACCCGCGUUGACCGAAUUGGGUCGGGUAAGAUACCUCCGAGUUCGGAUUUUGUUGCCAUCCCUAGAUCACACCGUUGGAUCAAGGCUUUGUUUGUAUGGAGUUUGAAAUUUCACUGCAUAAACAAUUUGUAAUUUUUGUGUAGUGGCAAACUAGUUGAAACCACAUGUUCUCACAAAUUCGAACUUCGAAUCCUCCUGCUCUGAGUAUGAGAGCCACUAGAAAUCCAUGAAAGUUACAAGAGAUGAGAUGAUGUGUUGGUAGCCUUAAUUAUCUUUAUUGAUGUUUUAAAAUCAAAACAUGCUCCAAUUAAUUAUAAGCACAAUUAUUGUGAUUAGGUUCUGAUUCUGACUCUUUCUUUGAUUUCUUUGAUCUACACUCUGACGUUUAAUUUAAAUUAGAAGAAAUAUAGAUGAUGAAAUAAACUUGAAAAUUAAUA